AUGGCAGGUUUAACAUGCUCAGUAUUGUUUCCUUAUUCAAGUGUUUUAUCAUCUUUAGAUUACUUUUCAGAGAUAUAUCCCGAUUAUUAUACUACAUCAACACUACCUUUUGUGUAUAUGUUUACCAUUGCAGCAACAUAUUGUUUAGUGCUAAGAAUUCAUCAUAAAACUAAACAUCAUAUUAACAUUAUUGGGGGUUUUAUAGUGUAUAUAAUAGUGUUGAUCAUUGUUCCGUUUAUAAAUCUAAGUAGCAUAUCUGGUACUAUAGGAAGCUAUAUAAUAACAGUUAUUUUAAUAUGCUGUACUGCAUUUGUUGAUGGGUUCAUUCAAUCAUCAAUCAUGGCUAUUGCAGGUUUAUUUGGUCCCCAUUACUCGAUAUUUUGUCAAAUAGGAUAUGGUCUUUCAGGUGUAAUUUCAACAACUUUAAGGGUAAUAAUUAAAUUUUCAUUCCCAAGCGCCGAAGAAAGCAAAAAAAAGGGUAUUAUUAUAUUUUUUUCAUUAAGUUGUUUAGUAAUAGUAUUUGCAUCGCUUUUAUUUGUCUACUUGUUGAAAUCACCAAUUGGAAAGUACAUAAUGAAAAAAGAUGAAGAUAAUCAAGAAGGUGUAAACGAAGAAUCAAAAGAAAUUGACGAAAAACCACAAAAUCAAUCCCCUUUAAAAUAUGUGGUUUUAAAAAAUAUACAUUAUAAUUUAAUUUUAAUCUCUUUAUUUACAAUCACAUUAUUUAUAUACCCAAGUUUUAUAUAUAAAAUUGAAUUUAAAGAUAUAAGAACUGACUGGUACAUGGUAUCCAUUGUGGCUGUCUAUGGUGUGUGCGAUUUUAUUGGUAGAAUAUUCCCAAUGUUCCUUACCAAAAGAAUUACCUAUAAGGCUUCUAUAAUAUGGUCAAUUACUAUAUCAAGAUUGGUAUUUGUAUUAUUAUUCUUUAUACAGAUUUAUUUUAAAACAUUUAGAAUUAAGCCAUUGGUAUACAUAUUAUUAAUUUUGUUUGGUUUAACCGAUGGGGCACUUUCUUCUAUUUGUGUAUCAGAACCUCCAAAACAAGUUUCAAGAAAAUACAAAGAAUUAUCUGGUGUUGUAACUUCUUUUGCAGCCAAUAUAGGUUUAUUAAUUGGAAGUGCAGUUAAUUUAGCUGUAAUGUUAAUAUUGUUUUAA